UUGUGUUUUUCAGAUCAUGUUUAUGCUGAACAUAUUAAUAUGGUAUUUCUCCAUUAACUGGUCAAAUCUCCAAGAAGCUGCCACACGGUUAUGUAAUGUACAUGGUGAUACAAUAUGACAGCUUCUUAAUCUGUAACAUUAUUUUAAAAAUCUAUUUUAUUACCGUUAUGUUUUAGUUAGGCUAAGAUUGGGGCUGUUUUGUAUUCCAGAUGAAGUUAAAUAUUUUGUGACGGACUGUGAGGAUAGGUAAGUUUAUUUUAUAUGUUCAGUAGUGGACGAGGUGGAGAUGGAGCUUAUUAGGGUGCUUGUAGUACUGAAUUUUUUUUUCAGGCAACCUGUUUACUUGUUUUGGACAGGUCUAUUUAAUCCUCAUUUUGGUUGCUGUCCACAUAAACGGUGCUCUAUCAACUACUUUCCCUUCCACAUUCACAGCGGUGUAGCCAAUGUGGUGGCUGCAAAGACCUGCUUUAACAAUACAAUCAUCAUGGGUGGCAUUAAAAAUAAUGCAGGACAAGGGCUGAACAUUGUGUUAGCAAACGGUGCAACCGGUGAGGUUUUAAGAAAUAAGAACUUUCCUGGAAUCCUGGAAUCUAGAGAUCCAGAGGAAUUACUUGUCUAUCUAAAGACACUAAAACGAGGACAUAUAGUGCUUGUGGCCUCACACAUCGACCCUACACAAAAGCUCACCGAUGAGAUUAGAGCUAUAUUCAGUGCACUGGGCAGCACAGUGGUCAAAUCCCUGAAGCCCAGGGAUGGCUGGGUAUUCACAGGCGCCUAUGGAAUAAAUGUAGCUAGUCCUUUUGAAAAGGUCAUUCAAAAUGAUGUGAGGAGCAACACGUAUGAAGACUGGCCAGAGAUGGGGGAGAUCAUUGGCUGCUGUCCCAGAAUAUCUGAGACUGAAUAAGCCACAGUAGCCAACCUCAUAUCACCACAUUUGGUUCAUUUGAAAAUAGGACAUUAACAACACAGAAGUUUUUUUGUUUUGUUUUGUUUUUUUUGGCUGUUUUCCCUCCCUAAGCAAAUAAAUUGAAGGUUUGAGGUUUACUCUCGUAUUGCUCAAAUCCAUAUGACUUCUUUCUAAGGAACUCAUUCGGCAAAAAAUGUGCAUAUAUUUAUCCUGAUCUUUACCAAAUACUAGAAGAGCAACAUUCUGUCACUAUGAUAAUAUUCUAAAACAAAAAUACAUUUGAAAGAUAAUACAGAUUAUUCUAUUCUCAUACAGAAUUCCUUCACACUGGUUCUUGUAUAUAAGGUAACACUGUUGCUGUUGAUAUUAACA